UUUAACCCAACAGUGUGGUGAGACAGUGAAGGAAACAAUGAAUGUGAAAACUGUGUGUGGCUGUUACACAUCAUCAGGGACCUGUGGAUUAGAUUCUGUAAAGAAAAAUAUAAACAUCAUGAAACAGCUCAUUGGUUCAUCUAACAUAUUUGUGAUGCAAGUGGAGAUGGAUGUAUAUACCGCUCUUAAAAAGCUAGUGCCUUCCCGGAAUGGAUCUCUAAAGCAGCUUUUGACAGAAACAGAUGUCUGGUUUUCCAAGAGGGUGAAAAGGUAUAUCUGAAUUUUUUAU